UUGAAACAAGGGAUGUCUGUUCAGUGAACUCACCAGCAGUCCCGGGGGAGAUCUGAUUUCAUGUUUUGGAUAAAUUGAGUGAAAUGUCGCAUAUACCUUUGUCCUCGCGCUGCUUACAUAGCUGAUUCGAAUUAUUUUGGUGGAACAGAUCGAAACGAAUUUGUUGUUGUCGUUGGAAUUCUCGUUAUCGACGUUUUAAGUGCAAUGAAUUGGAUUUUACUCGGAUUAGUACUGACAAGCAUUGAGAUUUCAAGAGGCGUUCUAGUUCGUUUAAAAGGUGGAAAGCACUUUUACGAGGGACGAGUUGAGGUGUUAUACAAUGGUACGUGGAAAGCUGUUUGUGAUCACGGCUGGGACAGGAACGGGGCCAGAGUAGUCUGCCGCAUGCUUGGAUUCCCCGAUGUGCUGCGGUAUACCAAGGGGCAUCAUGCAUUUGGCGUUGGAAAUGGGAAGUUCUGGCUUGAUGACGUCAAAUGCUCUGGAGAGGAGGAUUCGAUUGAUAAGUGUUCGCAUAGGCCCUGGGGCCGAAACAACUGUCAAAUCUAUAGUCAGGCUGGUGCUGUUUGCAGACAGCGUUUGAAUGACCUCAUUGUUGAGCCCAAGCCUUCGCAAGCCAGCGGUCAGGUUUCAAAAGUCAACAUAAGGUUAAAAGGCCCAGUUGUUGAUGACUACAUAUCAGAAGGUGUUGUUCAAGUGGAGCAUGAAGGAAAGUGGGGUUAUAUUUGUCCUUCGCAAUGGACUCAACUAAACUCGUUCGUGCUGUGCGGCCAACUGGGAUUUCCUAACGCUGAGAAACUUAAGUCCCAUAAAGAAACCAUCCAAGAUUUGGAGCCCGUCUAUUGGCUGGACCAGGUGACGUGCAAAGGAUGGGAGUCAUCGAUUGUGUCAUGUGACCAUGCAGGGUGGGGUAGUCAUCAAUGUGAAGAGGGGGAAGCGGUGAGGAUCGAGUGUGUCAGACGAUUAAUCAAAAAACCACCAGACGUGAGAUUGCGAAGUGGGGCCCUGGUAUCGGAGGGGCGUGUGGAGGUACAGAAUAACAGAUAUUGGGGCACCAUUUGUGAUGAUCACUGGACCAUAAGAGAAGCUAAUGUGGUCUGCAGGUCAAUGGGUUACGGUACAGCGGAAAUAGCAACAAAAAAUGCGUACUAUGGAAGAGGAAUUGGAAAGAUCAUGCUCGAUGAUGUAUAUUGUGUGGGUACUGAGAAGAGUAUUAGACAGUGUAAGAAAAGAAGAUGGCUCAAGUCCAACUGUAAUCAUCACGAGGACGCUGGUGUUAGAUGUCACGUGCCUUCCCUUCAAGGCCAUGAGGUUCGCAUUAGGGGCGGCGCAAACCAUCUUGAGGGUCGGGUUGAAGUCUUAUAUGAUGGAAAAUGGGGAACCGUCUGCGCUGAAGGGUGGGGAAUAGAAGAAGCUAUGACAGUUUGCCGACAGUUGAAUCUUGGAUAUGCCAGUGAAGCAGUUACGGAACAAAACUUCAGUCGAACAGAUCUUGAAGUUAUCAUGUCUGGAGUUCAAUGUCAUAUAAACGAUAUCUCUAUUUACCAUUGUGAGCAUGAUGAGUGGAAAAACACCACCUGCAGUGACAAGAAGAAGUCAGCUGGAGUCGUGUGCGUUAGUGCUCUACCUGACCUUGUCGUUAACACCGAUAUUCUCAGAAGUUACAUGGAAUUGAAUGUUUUUCCCUUAUCGGCGCUGAGAUGUGCUAUGGAAGAAAACUGUCUCAGUCCGUCUGCAGCACGUUUUUUAAGAUAUUCAGACACUUAUCGCAGGCGACUAUUACGAUUCAGUGUUCAAGUUGAAAACAGAGGGUUGGAUCACUUCAGACCAAAAGCUGACAAGUCAACUUGGCAGUGGCACAAAUGCCACCAACAUUAUCACUCCAUGGAAACAUUCUCUUCUUACGACCUCCUUCGUCAGAGGAGCGGGAAAAAGGUUUCCCAAGGACACAAAGCUAGUUUCUGUUUAGAAGACACCAAAUGCGAUUCUGGGUUUGACAAAGUUUGGAACUGUACUGAUAUGGGAGAUCAGGGCAUAUCACCAGGAUGUUAUGACAUUUAUCACUAUAACAUCGACUGCCAGUGGGUGGACUGUACUGAUUUCGUACACGGCGCGUUUUAUCUUCGUGUUCACAUCAAUCCAGGCAACCAAGUGGCUGAAUCAGAUUUCAAGAACAACGUAGCCAAAUGUUCAGUGUAUGAUUACGGAACCUAUGUUUAUGCACUCAGGUGUUGGCUGGAGGACUGUGAGAGUGGGAUCGAUACACACGGUGGAAAUUCCGGAGGGAACUGCUGCGUGUUCCCGUUCCUCUAUAAAGGCAAACUCUAUCAUGACUGUACCACGGAUGGUUUUAUCAAAAGGUGGUGCUCUACCACUUAUGAGUUUAAAAAAGACAAAAAGUGGGGAAUAUAUAAAAAUACAUUGUUUUGUUCACUUAUGCAACGGACGGCACCAAAUGAAGAUCGACUCAACAUGAUGUGUGUUUUGCUUAUCGCGUUCGUCUCUUGCCUGAGGUUUGCCGGUGGCACAGAGGUGAGACUUAUUGGUGGAAAGCACGAGUUUGAAGGCCGAGUUGAGGUGAAAUACGACGACGAAUGGAGAGCAGUUUGUGACCAUGGAUGGAACAAGAAGGCGGCCAAUGUAGUUUGUAGAAUGCUUGGAUAUCCAGAUGCGUUGCGCUUUACAAAAGGACACCUAACCUUUGGUCGUGGAGAUGGAAAAUUUUGGUUAGAUGACGUCAUAUGCGGUGGUAGAGAAUAUGACAUUGAAAGAUGCUCACACAGAGACUGGGGACAACACAACUGUCGUUCAACUCAUCAGGCUGGUGUUAUAUGCAAGCUACAUCGAAGUGACACAAUAUUCGAGCCCGAGCCAUCAUCAGCCAGCGGAGAGGUGAUACACGUGAACUUAAAGUUACAAGGCCCAGUUGUUGAUGACUACAUAUCAGAAGGUGUCGUUCAAGUGGAGCACGAGGGAGAGUGGGGUUACAUUUGUCCUUCUCAGUGGACUCAACUGAACUCGUUCGUGUUGUGCGGCCAACUGGGAUUUCCUAAUGCUGAGAAAAAUGGGUCCUAUACAGAAACCAUCCAAGAUUUGGAGCCCGUCUAUUGGCUGGACCAAGUCACAUGUAAAGGAUGGGAGUCAUCGAUUGUGUCGUGUGACCAUGCAGGUUGGAUUCACCACAAAUGUGAGAUUGGAGGAGCACUGAGGAUCAAAUGCGCGCGCAAAAAUAUCACGCAGCCUCCAGUGGUGCGACUUCGAGGUGGUGCCAUGGUUUCUGAGGGGCGAGUGGAAAUGAAGUACCGUAAUGAAUGGAGAACCAUAUGCGACGACCACUGGACACUGAAGGAAGCUAAUGUAAUCUGCAGGUUUUUAGGCUAUGGGUCAGCGGCAGUAGCAGCCCACAGCGCGUACUUUGGGAGAGGUAUUGGAAAGGAGAUGCUGCACAAUUUACGCUGUCAGGGUGACGAGAGAAACAUCAACCAAUGUCAACAUCACGGUUGGCGCAGAACAGAAUGUAAUCACUAUGAAGACGCUAGCGUCAAAUGUCAUUCUCCAAAACUUCAAGGCCAUAAGAUUAGGCUCGCUGGUGGUGCAAAUUCCUUCGAAGGUCGAGUGGAAGUUUUUCGUGACGGACGAUGGGGAACUGUUUGUGCAGAUAACUGGCGAAUAGAAGAAGCAAUGGUGGUGUGCCGACAGUUGAAUCUUGGAUACGCUAGUCAAGCAGCUACGCAGAAUUAUUUUGGCCCCACAAAUCUGAAAGUUAUAAUGUCUGGAGUAAUAUGUCGCGUGGACGAGAUCUCCAUUUACAACUGUCAACGUCAUCAGUGGGACAAUACAACUUGCAGCCACAAACACAAAUUAGCAGGAGUCAUUUGCAUAGAUGAGUUACCAGAUCUCGUCAUCGAUACUGAAGCUUUGAGAGAAGAGAUGCGUACGCAGUCACUCCACGUUGACUUUCUGCAAUGUGCAUAUGAGGAGAACUGUUUGGCAAAAAGUGCAGAUGUUCUCUUUAGUUCAAGUGGGGCUAGGCGAAACCGGAUGCGAAAACUGUUACGAUUUACAACAAAGAUUGAAAACAGAGGAUGGGACCAUUUCCGACCGAACUCGCCCAGGUCAGCCUGGCAGUACCACCAGUGUCAUGGCCACCAUCACUCUAUGGAGACAUUUGCUACCUAUGCUCUGCUACGUCGGGGUAACUGGGGAAAAGCCGCUGACGGGCAUAAGGCCAGUUUUUGUUUGGAAGAUACAGAUUGUGAUCCGGGCUUCGAGAAGAAAUGGGAUUGCACCAGGGGCGGUGACCAAGGCUUAUCUCCCGGAUGCUUUGAUAUUUACAGUCAUAAGAUUGACUGUCAGUGGAUCGACUACACCGGCAUCUUCAGCGGAGCUUUUUUUCUUCGAAUUCAACUCAAUCCUGGAAACCAAGUGGCUGAGUCAGACUUCAAGAACAAUGUUGCAAAGUGCUCUGUUUAUGACUACGGGAGUUUUUUUAUGGCUCACAAGUGCUGGAUUGAAACUUGCGAAAGCGGCGUCGAUACGUAUGGAGGAAAUUCACGUGGGAAAUGCUGCGAGUUUCCUUUCCGUUUUAAAGAUAAACUAUACCAUUCUUGUACAACUGAUGGACACAGAUACAAAAGGAAAUGGUGCUCAACAACUCCUAGUUACAGCAGGGACAAGAAAUGGGGACUCUGCUUCAACUAGAUGACUGAAGAAGCAAGGAUGACCGAAAGAUUAAGCCAAAUGUUUGGCAUUUUGGUAGAAAAAUUCUGAAUUAAAAUUUAAAACAGUAAAUGGUUUGAACCCAGGGGUAACAUGUAAUAGUGUAGUUUGAUCAUCCGGAUGAGUGUAGUCCUGAGAAGGACUGUUGUCACUCGUUUGUGUUCAGUCAGUCUAGUUGUGAACUUUAAACAAAUUUAAGACUAAUGUGAACAUCAAUCUCUUUACAAAGCUUCAACAUCUAUCCUUUUGAAAUGAUCUGAAGUAAAGCCUAAACCUGAAAUAUCGAUUUUGUGAGCUUAAAACUUCUCCAUCACUUAAAAGUUACAACCCUUUGCUUUGGGCAUAUUGUGUUCGCAUUUUCCAAGUGUUUAUCGACGCUCUUCAUUUCACUUCUUCCCUCAGAAAUUUUUCAUGGUACAUUUGUGUUCUAUUGUCUAUUAACGGUUUCAUGUGUAAUUAAGUUAGUGAUGGUUAUCUUUCAGAAACUUUGUAUCAUAGAAUCUACUGGUGUAUCCUCCUUUGAUAUUCUGACAAGUGUCACAUUCCUCGCUAGUUUACUUGGGUGUGUUUUAGAUAAGAGUCUUGGUCGAAGCAUUUUAUUACGACGACCUGUAAUAGAAAGAUUUAAAACAUUUUACCGCCGUUUUCAGUAUGUUACAUAAGUACAGCUCUUAUUUAUCAUAUUUCGGGAUCACUCUUUGGUCUUUCUUCCUUCCGUCAUGUUCCUUGAUUUAAAAACGAAGACAGCUCUGAUUGAGAUGAGAGUGCCUUGGGUUUGAAGAGCGCUUUGCAGAGCAUUUUUAUCAAUGCUCUUCGUAUCUCGGCAUUAAAAAGAAACAACAGAAUAGGGUCUAACGCCGAGUUUGUAUACAUGACACAUAAGAAAACGUUAAAAUAGAUCGGACUGAUUUUACUUUUACCAAACUUGUGAACAGUCUGCACGACGAAGAAAGGAAACCAGCAAAGGAUGAAAAUUCCACCAAUCACGGCUAACACCGCAGCAGCUUUGAAAUCCUUUCGUCUUUUCUUUGUCUGUUGGCACAGUGUACUGGCCUGGUUUUGUGAGUCUAUUUGUAAAGCAUGAUAACGAGCGAUCAAAUAAAUUUUCACGUACGACACGCUCAUAACUAUGCUU